CUUUGCUUGUACGGUCUUUAUGUACUUUGAGAAAAGGUUGUGCGGUGUUGUUAAGAGGUUUCAUUUUAGUCCGUUAUACUCGCACCAUAUUCUUACAGAUUAUAGGAAACGUCCACAGAAUCGCCAUGUAUUCACGCUUCAUAACUAUAACACUUAUUUGCGUUCCGAUCAUUUUGGACUUGAAGAAUUACCCACGGCGGACUUUUUGUUUCUGCCAUUUGUCCACGAUGAUCAUUGGUGGUGUUAUUCAGUGAAGUUGAGGUCAAUGGAGAUUUUUGUGAUUGAUUCAUUGGGGAAGGGGAUCAGAGACCGCAAAAGGAUAGACACAGCCGUUGCUGAAAAUAUGGCACGGUUUUUUUGCAUCCUGAUGAAUAUACCGGAAGGUAGUAUUGCUCCUUUGACAGUUAAACAAGCAAAUAUCCCAUCCCAACCAAACUUACAUGAUUGUGGAGUAAUAAUGUUGAAAGCAAUGGAAAUCUGGGAUGGAGAUGAAAAAUACAACGGGAAAAGCAUGCCUGAAUAUACAACUGAGGAGCUGCUUGGGAUUAGAAAGAAAUAUGUGUGUGACUGGAUCCUGGACAACGAGAACACUAGCAGAAUGGAAGCCCUACAUCUAUACGGCAUUGUCUAGGAUUGCUAAGAAAUUAUCAAAUUUUGACAUGUA